CGGCGCCCUCCGGGGAGGCCCCGCCCCUCCUGGAAGGCUCCGCCCCCGCCCCGCCCCGCCCCUGCCCGCCGCGGCCGCCGAUGGAGGCCGAGGCCGAGGCGCGGCUCCUCUUGCAGGAGGCUCGGGAGAGCAUCGAGGCGGCGCGGAGCUACCGCCGGGAGCUGCGGCACCGCCUGGGGGGGCUGCAGCAGGCGCGGCAGCAGAUCAGAGAAAGUGCAACGCUGACCAGAGAUGUACUUGAGCAACAUUUUAAUGAUUUAAAAGGGACCCUAAAGAAGCUGUUGGAUGAGCGACUGAUGUCACUGCUGCAGGAAGUGGAUGCUAUAGAACAAGAGAGCAUCAAACCGCUGGACGAAUGCCAGAAGCUAAUAGAGCACGGAGUCAGCACUGCUGAUGAUCUGCUCCAGGAAGGAGAGAGUGCAGUCCGUGGAGAUGUGGGACAACAGAAUGAAAAACUUUGCAACUUUACAAAAAAAGCUUUACAUAUUCAGCUAGAUAGCUUACCAGAAGUGCCCUCCUUGGUUGAUGUGCCUUGUUUAUCUGCCCAGCUGGAUGACUGCCUUCUUACCAUACUGAAAAAUGAAAUAUUCAGACAUGGAACUGUAGCAUCUCGCCCACCUGUACAGUUAGAGGAAUUUGUUGAGAAGCCUGGAGGUAUUUUAGUCCGAUGGUGUAAGGUGGACGAUGACUUCGUACCACAAGAUUACAGACUGCAAUAUCGUAAGAGCACUGCCAAUCACUUUGAAGAUGUGUAUGUUGGCUCAGAGACAGAGUUCAUAGUACUGCAUAUUGAUCCUAAUGUCGAUUACCAGUUCAGAGUCUGUGCCCGAGGAGAUGGACGGCAAGAGUGGAGUCCGUGGAGCGUUCCUCAGAUCGGCUGCACCACGCUAGUGCCCCAUGAAUGGACAACUGGUUUGGAGGGUUAUAGCUUGAGCAGUCGAAGAAACAUAGCACUUCGAAAUGAUUCUCAGUCAUGCGGUGUGCUCUACUCCAAAGCUCCUACUUAUUUCUGUGGGCAAACGUUAACAUUCAGAAUUGAAACUGUGGGACAGCCAGACAGACGAGACAGCCUAGGAGUGUGUGUGGAGCAGCAGAAUGGCUACGAUUCUUUGCAGCGGGACAAGGCUGUGUGUAUUAGCACAAACGGGGCAGUAUUUGUAAAUGGGAAAGAGAUGACAAACCAACUGCCUGCUGUUACUUCUGGAUCAACUGUGACAUUUGACAUGGAAGUUGUGCAGUUAGGACCUUCCAGCAAUGAGGGAGGAAACUUCAAGCUUAGAGUAACCAUUAGCUCUAACAACAGGGAAGUGGUCUUUGACUGGGUACUGGAUCAAUGCUGUGUCUCUUUGUAUUUCGGAUGUUCGUUUUCAUACCCAGGCUGGAAAGUUCUGGUGUUUUAGCAGCUCAUGUGAGUGAAGGGAUUCUUGUUCUUGCUAUACUGUGUAAUGUUAAAACCUGGAUUUCCAGCUGUUUGAUAUCAACAAUCUUUUUACUACUUGAACUCCGCUAUAUUGUACUUCUUACUGGAUUCAUUUCAAAAACGUAGUUGUGAAACAGUGGAUUUUUUACUCUGGAAAAAGCUAAACAGGCAUUGGUGUAGACAUUAAUUUAAGCAAGUCCAUAAGACUUUACCCUUUUUUUUCCUCCAGACUUGAUUUUGUCAGUAUUUUGUUGUACUCUAGUCUCAGGGUACGCUUAUUGUAUGAAAUUAACUUCGCUUAAUGCUGCUGUUCUGUGAAAUAAGCCUAUAAACUUUAGGGGGUUGGAGGUAAUGGACCAAAGCUUUAUUUAUACCACUCAUAAAAAGAGCAAAGUAUUUAGAGCAGUGAUGCAUUGCUAUGCUUUCUUGUACACAAUGCUGCCUUAAUAAUAUGAAUGGAUAGUGGGUUCUGCAUGCAACCACAGUUUCUUCCAUGCACGGUACUGUUCAUUUGCCCCAAAACAAGGAUGUCUGAGCCAUGAUGUUUGUUCAGAUAUGUACCUAGUCUGUUAAGUGACUCGGUUUUAUGUAAGUGCCUUACUUCCAUGUAUUUCUUGAACUGUUAUCUGUAUUGUUACUUGGAAUACAUUUUCUAGAGUAGUUGCAGGGUGGUGCUUACAUCCUCAACUUAAUACUGACACUUGUCUCACGUUAGACCAAUGCCUACAGUCGGACAGUUAUCCUUCUCUGGUCUGAAUGUCUUUUCUAGUUAUAUUUUACUUUGUAGCUGAUGUCAGAGCAAGUCUGGAUGGUGUCGUGCUCAAGUAUGACAUGCAGAUGGCAGCCAUGAUUCCUCACAGAGCCCCCUUAAAAUGCAGAGGCAACUUUCUGCUGUCCCAGCAACAGUGACAGUGAGGUGCUGUUCUGCUGCACGGGACUCCUAGAAAUCCCAGCUGUCCGCUUGCACUAUUGCAUGGGAAUGCAAAGCCUCCCCACGUGCUGCUACAGGCACUAGAGCCAGCUGAGGCCACGCGUGGUGGUGUGCUGUCUGAGCAAGCUGGGACUGCAGCUGGAGGUGCAGCUUAGGAGGUAAUGAAGAAGGGCUUAAGGCAGACACCGCUGGCACAGAUUUAAUCUGUGGCAGUUAAAGUGGAGCAGAGGGUGGUGCUACAUUAGCUCUCUCCUCACUGUAGUACGAUGGGAUAAAAAAUGACUAUGCAUUAAUGUAAAAUUCACAUAAAGUUACCAGUAUUCCCCUUAAGAGGCAAAUAAGAUUCAUAAUAAGCUUGUCACAUAGAGACCACUCCUGGUCAAAAGAUGAAACUGCAGUACUACUUCAUUUAAAGAGUACUUUAAAGUAAUGCUCACUGAGGACCUUAAAGGCUUUCCUUGCAUCAAGUUCAAUUAAAAAAACAUACAUUUUAACAUGUUAGAGGGGCAAAGUGUUUUUUAAUAAAACCUAGACAACCAUCCUGUCCUUUUUCAUCAGUUUCAACAUCCUGUAUUAUCCCUUUAUGCUAGCAUAAGAAGUUUAAUUACAUUGUAUUAAUACCCCCCAUAUUCAAAAUGUCAGUACAAAAAUAGUAGUUGUCCUGCCUGCAUUUUGCCCCAAGCAUUGGUAGUAGGGGUACAUGAAUUUCAGAAGAGAAUGACAGCUGAUCUUAUUACAAUUUACAAGAAAAAAAAUGAGAAGUUUCAGAGGGAUUGAAAGAACAUAUAGAAUUAAUUAGAAUUUACUAUAAAACAUGAAGCAAGGAAGACGACACCCGCAGGUUUAUUAUUCUUCUGUGCUAGCAAGGAAACAGCUGCAGUAUUCUCAGUUUAACUGUUUCACUUUUAGCAUAUCCUAUACAUCCAGCGUUCCUUUGAAUUAUUGUGAUGAGUAUUGUCAAAAUUGUGCUGUAUCCCAGCUGCCAUAUCUUAAACAUGGUUCUUUUGCUGUAGCUGUGAAAGUCGAGUAGAUGAUCAAACCGUAUCAGUCGUGUCUAGGGGAUCAGGCUGUCAUUCCAGCCAGCAGCCAACUUGAAUCUUGCUUACUAGUUUUACUAGUAAGACUUCAGGUGUCAGGUACUAGUUGUAACUCAGUACUUUUACUGUAUGGAAAUUAAAAUAGUGAAUAUCUACAUUUCUGAGGAAUAAGCAGCUCAGGUACCUUUUCACCUGCUUUCAGAGGCUCUAGUCAGACUUGAUUCUGCAGGAUAUUUACCAGCAUAAUAGAUUGUGAAAUUUAAGUCUUGAAUUCAGGUACUUCCAGAGAUGGUAAUGCCUUGUCAGUUUGUUCAGAAUAUACAUAGAAAGCAGCUUAAGAUGACUGUGAAGGGCUCCCCAGGAGGCCCCUACUGUUCCCCUUGAGAGCUGAGGAUGACAAUAGACUAAAUGGUUCUGACUUAAGUUUUUAAGCUGCAUCUUGAACAGGGCCAGCUUGCCAAUUUUGUAUUUUUAACUGAACAUAAGACUAGCUGCCCAGAUCACAAAUUAGGUACUGUACAACCACCUCUUAAGAGUGGCACAUCUCAAACCUGGGAGGGGUGAAGAAUCUCAGGGCAAGACCUGAGUAAGAAAAUAACAAGGUAUCCAAAGAACCAAUAUAGGCUUGGAUUAAAAAAAGGGUUAAGUUCUGUUCUUUCACAGCAGUGUUCAGCUAGAUAGAUGACUUGGCACAUCCUUUACAGUUUUUCACCUCUAGCUAUUGGAGCCUUGCAAGGCCUUAAGAGUGUUAACUGCCUAUGAAAUCCUGAAAGUUGUUUUCUGAAGCUAGUACAUUCUCUUACCUCAAAACUAAGACAUUUGUGUCAAGUGAAAUUUGAAUUUUUUAAUAAAGUUUUAUCCCACAGCUGUGUAUGUUGUAGUAAAUUGUUGAUUGGGGCAUAAAACUGGGCAUCACUGAGUCCACCUAACAAGAACAUAAAUGCAUUCUAUAGCACUGCAUCUGUCUUAACAAGAGCUCCUCCAUUUUUCAUCAUUUUCAUCUUGUUUCUCAGAAGUCCCAUAUAUUUUUUGAGCAAUUGUUUACUUCCCUGUAAAGUUUAGAUCUAAACUGACAUCUCUUGCAAAAAUAUUUUUCUUGCUUUAUUAGUGAAAGCAUUUCUCAACUGCUUCCCUCAAUAUUCUAUCUUACUAAUGUGUCUAUUUUACUGCUCACAUUUCCUUAGUUACAUUAAAUGUUGCAAAUCUACAAAGUAGAUUUUGACUACCGUUACUGAUAAAUCAAGAAGCGAGUGUUUAAUCCUCUUCAAGUUAGGUCCACAUUGAACUAAAAGUUUUUCUUGCUCCCUUAGUUCUGCUUUAUCUGCAGCCUGCUCCCUUUCUUUGGUGUCUUUUAAAGGGAACAUAACUCAUGAAACCGGUAAAUAAGGUAGCUGUCAGGGUAGCUUCCUCUCAAAUACAACAUUCAUAUCAACAACUUACUUCUUGAUAAGAUGUAGAGUAUUUGUCCUGAAGAGUACAGCUUCAGUCUUAAAUCAAGCAACUUAUGAACAACAGAUAACACAGUCUUGGAAGGGAAGACUUACCUACUUCAUCAAAAACUCUUGCUUUCUUGGUUGUGCCAGCACGGAAGAGCAGAUUGAUAACCAGGAGCUGGUCCAACAGCAACACGUUCGUCCCAACACUUGUUGAUGAUGGCACCAAACUGUUCUGUGAAUCAAGAAACACUUUGAACAAUAUUGUCAAAAUUGUCCUCAUAGAAUGCCUUCUACAUUCUCAGAGUUAGAAAUCAUUUUUUUUUUGUUAAGUGAUUACUCUAACAUAAUAAUGAGCACUGUUCAAAUUGCGACUGCUUCAUUCCAGGCAGUGAAUCUCUGCCUUCUUCGCCCCACCUGACAAUAUCUCAAGAGCCAAAAUGGUAACUACAGUCAAAACACUCAAAGCAAUGCACAUUUAAAGUUAACAAUUUCAUCUAACAAUUUUGACUGUGGUAUUUAAUGCACUGAAUUUAACAUUAGUCAAAAGGUUCCAACUUGGGGUUUACAGACCAGGUAUGUUUAAGUGACCACCAAAUAUAAAGUACCAUAAAAAUCUGCCAUGAACAUACUGAAGGCUAGAUUAGGACUGUGCCAACUUUAGGGAAAAAGGGCAUACUGGACAAGUGCAGUAACACUUACUGAAUCUGUCAUAUUCUGUAUUCAUUAUCUGAAUUUCAAAAUUAUUUUUAACAUGGAAAACGGUAUUCAGCAUCUGCUAUUCAGCAGCCACUGUUCUGCUGAGCAGUGCAAUUCCUUCCUUGCUUCUUUCUGCAGUACUGCAGUAUCCAUCCUCCAUAAUACCAGAAGCAUUAUUUUAAACUGAUAGCAAUUUAAACUCUGCUCCAAAUAAAGUGCAUCUCAUAAAAUAUUUGAAACAUUAACCACUUGUACAUAAAAAAAAGUCACGUUUUGUAACUAAAACAUUGAGCAAUAUUCUUCAUUCAAAUAGUUUUUCCUCAGUUACAGAAAUUACAGUUCUAAACAGUAACACACAACUUGCCUCAGGUACUCGCUUCUAACCCCAAGAGAGGAGAAUUAAAGUUUUUAUAAUAUAGCCAAAAUCUGGUAAUUUAUGGCAAUACCUUACAUACAAUGAAAAGACUGGAUAGAUACUUAGCUACUUUUAUCCAGCACAGGAAGAACAUGAAUCUAAAGUUAAACAAACAAGCAGAAGAUUAAGUUACACAAGGUGCUCCUAGUGGCCGUUUUACGUACACACAAAAUGACUGGACAACCAUCAUGGCAGAUUUUAUAUUACUUAACUUUAUGUACAAAAGCUGAUUUCAAAUAAAACAUUUAAUGUAAAAACA